UCCUUCCUCUCAUAACGUUAUCUAAUAACGCCACUACAGCAGCGACAAGCCCUACCUCCUCUCUUUCCUUUCACAUGCAAAUCAAAUAUCCAUUCAAACCCUAAUUCAAAAUAUUCUCUCUCCGCCACCGCCGCUCAUUUUCCGCCAUAUCCGCCUCUCAUCGGAACUUUAUCUCUCUCGAUUUCCACAAAGAAACCCUAAUUUUUGUAUAACAAUUGCCAAGAAAACCGAAGUUUAAUUUUAACGAUUUGGUUUUUUAAUCGAUUUGUCGAUAAGAAUUUGUCGUCGUCGUCGUUCUUUGUCCAUACGAUUUUCACAAAUUUCGAGUUUAGUCCCUGAAAUUUCUGCGAAUUUACAGUUUUGUCCCUAAGUUGGUAAUCAUGGCGGGUGGAGGAAGCAGGAGAGAUGAGGGAUCGUUGGUGAUUAACAGCACGAACGUGUUUGCUGCGCUUGAGACAUUGAGGAAGAAGAAGAAAUCUGAUAAGGAGCGUGUAGGUUCGAAGAGUGGGAAAGGGGGUUCUAAGAGUGGGAAAGAGCAGCAAUCGAAGGAGCCUGAUCCGGAAGUUUUUUGGGCCCCGGCAAAACUUACUGCUAAAUCUUGGGCUGAUGUUGACGACGAAGAUGACGAUGAUUAUUAUGCUACGACGGCACCGCCUCCAUCUGUUUGGGGGUCCUCGGACCAGCAGCAGAGUGAGGAGAAAUCUGCCCAUGUAGAGGAAAGUGAGAGCGAAGAAGAUAUUUUGGAUGAAGGUGAUGAUGAUGUAGAGGAAGAACAUGACCAUGAACCAGAGGCAGUACACCCUGAGCCAGUGGUGAAGAAGACCCCUGAAGUUCCUCUGCCACCCAAGGAGACAGAAAGACAACUUUCUAAGAAGGAAAGAAAGAAGAAGGAACUUGCAGAGCUUGAGGCCCUUCUUGCAGAUUUUGGAGUUGCUCAGAAAGAUAGCAAUGGCCAAGAUGAGUCACUAGAUGCUGCACAGGAGAAGAAAGAUGGGGAGACUCAUGAAGAGGGAGAUAAGAAGGAAAAUGUCGCUGGAGAGUCCAAAAACGCCAAGAAGAAGAAAAAGAAGGACAAGUCAGCAAAGGAGCCCCAAGAUCAGCCCACCAAUUCAGAAGCCAAUAACAAGCCAGAAGAAGCUGCUGGAGCGGAGCACGCGGAGGAGGAUGCUUCUGCUGUUGACAUGAAAGAACGACUAAAGAGGAUGGCAUCUGCAAAGAAGAAGAAGUCUAGUAAAGAGAUGGAUGGGGGUGCCAAAGCUGCUGCUCAAGAGGCUGCUGCAAGAAGUGCAAGGCUAGCUGCAGCCAAGAAGAAAGAGAAGAAUCAUUACAACCAGCAACCAGUGCGGUAAAAUGCCCAUUUCAUUUGGCACACAUAUAUGGACAUGUGUUUCUUGUUGUUCAUAUACCAAUGCAAAAUAAACAGUGGGCACUAGGCUCUGGCUUCGUGAAAGGUGACUUUCUAGUUGUAUUGCUUUGGACAGCAAAAAAAAAAAAAGCAUCCUCUUUGGCGUUUUGGAUCUUAUCUUUGCUCUGAUGUCAUGGAAAACAUAGUUUUGGCAGUUUUGUUAAUUGAAAUUCUUCACUGGACGGGUAGUUGAACUUGAAUUCUGUGUAAUGCAGCCCUUUGAAAUCUAAGUCUUUUCUUGUUGA